CUUGAAAUUUCCGAAAUUUAUGAGACUUUUAUAUAAUAAAUCUAAAAAAUUGCGAUCACUCGGCAAGCUGCCCCCACAGUUACAUACGUAAAUCCGUCCAAACUGAUUAAGAUGCUUCUCUGCGUACACGAGUGAGGUAGACAGUCACUUCUGGAAGUGGCCCCAAUCAACAUAAAAGGUUGGCGGCAGCAUAUUGUUGCCGUUUAAAAGAAAAUAAAGUUGGUAAAAGCUAGCAUCUUCAGCCAAGAUCAGGUUGCUGUGAAAAUGGAGAAGGAAAGCCAAGUUCAAAUUCCGAGAGUGAAACUGGGAAGGCAAGGAUUGGAGGUCUCUAGAUUGGGCUUUGGUUGUGGAGGACUCUCUGGGAUGUACAAUGCUCCUCUUUCCCAUGAAGAAGGGUGUUCUGUUAUAAAGGAGGCUUUUUCUAAAGGCAUCACCUUCUUUGACACAUCUGAUCUUUAUGGUGAUGAUUAUGAUAAUGAGAUUAUGGUUGGGAAGGCUUUGAAGCAGCUUCCACGCGAUAAAGUGCAACUAGCAACAAAAUUUGGGAUAUUUAGGUUAGAGGGAUUUAAUUUUGGUGUCAAGGGGACCCCUGAAUACGUGCGAAAAUGCUGUGAAGCUAGCCUUAAGCGGCUUGAUGUGGACUAUAUUGAUCUUUACUACCAGCACCGUGUAGAUACUUCAGUGCCAAUAGAGGAUACUAUGGGGGAACUCAAGAAGCUGGUAGAGGAGGGAAAGAUAAAAUAUAUUGGGCUAUCUGAACCUAGUGUUGACACGAUAAGGAGAGCUCAUGCUGUUCAUCCUAUCACAGCCUUAGAAAUGGAGUAUUCCCUCUGGACUCGUGAGAUUGAAGAGGAUAUAAUUCCACUCUGCAGAGAACUCGGUAUUGGGAUAGUGGCAUAUAGUCCUCUUGGUCGAGGUUUCUUCGGUGGAAAGGCAACUGUUGAGAGCUUGCCUACUGAAAGUGUUUUGAAAUUGCAUCCAAGAUUCUCAGGGGAUAAUUUAGAGAAGAACAAAAAUGUAUAUGCCCGUUUUAAAGACUUGGCAGAAAAGCGUAGAUGCACCCCUCCUCAGUUAGCUCUGGCAUGGGUGCUUCAUCAAGGGGAAGAUAUAAUUCCAAUCCCUGGGACAACGAAGAUUAAAAACCUUGAAAACAACAUUGGAUCAUUGGGAUUGAAGCUCACACAAGAUGAUCUGAAAGAAAUCUGUGAUACUGUGCCAAUUGAAGAAGUGGGUGGUGAAAGAGAGUAUGAUGUUUUUGCUGCUUAUCGUUAUAAGCUUGCAAAUACCCCCAAAAAGUGAUUGCAAAUUUAAGAAAAUUGCCAAAGUGAGAGCCGAUGGAAUCGAGAAUUCCUUUGGUUUUCUUCUAUGCUGGGUGUUGAAGCUAGAAAACUAUAAAGGUGCCCUGAGUGCAGCAUUGUGAUAUGAAAUAAUUGUAUAUUCUGAACCAUUUCUACUUUGAACUCUGAUACAAAUUGCUGUUUAUGUGAUUCUAAAUCGCUUCACUCUAAGAAAGUGGAUAUUUAGCGCUUUUAAUUUUACAACGAUGAA